CAUUGACAUAAUGGCAACCAAGGACGGAGGAUACGGACAUCCAGUACCCGCCACUAAGGACACUCAGGAUCUUUGUGAUCAGGUGAAGAUAAGGACAGGAAAGAAGUAUCAGGAAUACAAAGCAGUUAAAUACAGGAGGGAAGAUGUCAGUCGUUUUGUGGCAGGAACAAACUACCUUAUCAAGGUUCAUGUUGGAGGAGAAGACUACAUUCAUCUGAUAGUCUUCGGAGCUCUUAACGGAGGAGAGGUUUCUCUGACUAACGCUAAGGAUCAUCAGACCAAAGACAGCCCCCUCAAAACUUUUUAG